CUCAGGGGAGAAAGCGCUGUGCUUCGAGCCUGACCCCACCGAGGCGCGAGUGCUCUGCGAGGCCAAGAUUGUCGAUGUUUUUGUUGGGAAAGACGAAAAGGGCAGAAAGAUCCCAGAAUAUCUGAUCCACUUUAAUGGCUGGAACAAAGUUGGGAUAGAUAAGCAGCUGAGGAUCAUGUCCUUCGUGACGCUGAUGAAAAUCGGAGACCACAGAGGAAAUUGGCCCAAAAGGCUGUAGCUCGCCUGAGAAGCACAGAAAGAAAGAGGAAGCUCGCCAGGUUGCCUGGGGUGGACUCUGUCUCAAAAAGCCUCCCUGCUGACGAGAAGGAUGAAAACUCAAUAAGCAGCUCCUCUGACAGUGAAGAAAAGGACGGAGAAAUAAGUGAAGGAAAAGGUAUUGAAGAAAAGUCUGAAGUGAAGGACGCAAAAAAAAAAAGGAAAUGGAAGAAAGAACAGUAACUAUAGAAAUCCCUGAAGUUCUGAAGAAGAAGCUUGAGGAUGAUUGUUACUAUAUCAACAGGAGGAAACGGUUAGUCAAAGUUCCAUGUGAGACCAACAUCAUAACUAUUUUGGAAUCGUAUGUGAAGCAUUUUGUUAUCAAUGCAGCCUUUUCAGCCAAUGAGAGGCCUCAUCACCAUCAUGCUAUGCCACACGCCAACAUGAAUGUGCACGAUAUCCCAGCAGAAAAGAACGUUGACCUUUGUAAGGAGAUGGUGGAUGGAUUAAGACUAACCUUUGAUUACACUCUCCCAUUGGUUUUGCUCUAUCCAUAUGAACAAGUUCAGUAUAAAAAGGUGACUUCGUCCCAAUUUUUUCUUCCGAUUACAGAAAGUCCCACAAACACUAAUAGGAACCAGGAGGAGCUCUCUCCAAGCCCACCUUUAUUGAAUCCAUCCACACCACAGUCCACAGAGAGUCAGUCAACCUCAGACGAACCGACCACCCCCAAAAGGCGCAAAGCCGAGCCGGAAGCCUUACAGUCUCUGAGGCGGUCCACGCGCCACUCUGCCAAUUGCGACAGGCUGUCCGAGAGCAGCGCCUCGCCUCAGCCCCAGCGCCGGCAGCAGGACAUGUCCGCCAGCAUGCCCAAGCUGUUCUUGUACCUGGAAAAGAAGACAUCUGUUCAUAGCAGAUCAUCCUCUCCUGUUCCUCUGACCCCUAGCAAGGAAGGGAGUGCGGUGUUUGCUGGCUUCGAAGGCAGAAGAACCAAAGAAAUAAAUGAGGUCCUCUCCUGGAAACUUGUACCUGAGAGUUAUCCUCCAGGUGACCAACCACCUCCACCCUCUUACAUUUAUGGGGCGCAACAUUUGCUGCGUUUGUUUGUGAAACUUCCUGAAAUCCUUGGAAAGAUGUCCUUUUCUGAGAAGAACCUGAAGGCUUUACUGAAGCACUUUGAUCUCUUUCUGAGGUUUUUAGCCGAGUACCAUGAUGACUUCUUCCCAGAGUCUGCCUAUGUUGCUGCCUGUGAAGCGCACUACAGCAUGAAGAACCCCAGGGCGAUCUGAUGGUCCUAGAACAGCUUCUUUAUCUAUCUCUUGGUUCCCAGUAAAGAACUAGGGAGUCAGUGGACCUUCUUUACACAGAAAGCAAAUGUGACACCCUGGGGGGCUCUGGCAGAGGCGGGUCCAUUUGUUUGAGUUGCUUAUCUACUGGAGUUAUUUCUGUUAAGGAUUACCUCCUGGGUGCCUCGAUGGCCUCCAACAUCUAACCCUUGCCACCAUACAUGUGAUCUAUGAUGGCAGGAAAACAGCAGCUAUGUUCAAAAUGAAUCGUUCAUAAACAUGUGCUUAGGUUGGGCUGUUUCAAUAGACAAAGGUACUUGUUAGCAGUGACCAUGUCUUUUAGUUAUAUGUUAGCAUUAAACAAAAUCAUUUGGCAAACUGUUUUCAUUCUUGUGAUGAGGCUGAGCAACUCUGUCCCACAGAUUUUUAGUUUUGCUUGGAAACUGCAAAGUAGUCCCCGAAUAUUUUAGAGGGAAUUGAUAUUGCUGGCAAAAGAAAAUUUGCAGCUAUACAUUUGCUUGUUACAGUUCUUUUUCUAUAAAACCUUGUUUUUAGUGAUCUAAAUAAAGCACUGCCUGAAUGUCUUAAGAUUUUGUAGCUACACUUGAUUGUGUAAUAUUACAGUUCCUUUUCUGUAAAAUGUUAUUUUUGGCCACUUCAAAUAAAUCAUUGCCCAUCUUAUUGGAAAGGGAAAAAAAAGGUCUGAUUAGAGAAUAAAAAAAUUACUAAAGCUAGGUUCUACAAAUCUAUAAUAUUAUGCUUGCAAAUAAAUUAGAAAUGAAUAUAAAGUUGCUUUCCAGGGGAAAAAACAAAGCAAUUAUACACUUUGAUUAAUAUAAAUAGCCCAGAAUUUUACCUCUAAUUUAAAACAGAACCACACAGUGUUUGAGAGGGCUGACAGUAAAUCAGAAUAAAAAUCAUGAUUGCACCAAAGAAACUUUUUACCUCCUCUGUGAUACCAACUGAUUAGAAUCCAAAGAGCAUAGCUGAGAACAGGUAUCUCUGUAAUGUACUGCUGGCAUUACUCUGGUUUGAGAGGAAGUAGCUAUUACUGAAUUUUAUUGAAACAGAAAUAACUUCACUGGAAUAAAGUGUCUUAUUUAUAUGUGAAUCAUUAUUUUUAGUAAGUGAAGAUCUGCUGCAAAAAGAGUCAAAAAAAGAAGACAAAUGAAGAAAAACUACCAAAAUUUAUAGAAUCAUAGAUCAGGCUCUGUAUAGAACUUCCACAAUCUUAAUUUAGCAAUAAAUGCUUGCUGGUGAAUUGACAGCAGUCCUUAAAUAAGUAGACUACUUUCUUCCUGUAUUUUUCCAUGUCUUCAUGAAAUUCUUGUGCUUUUAUGAAGAAGUCAUUAUAUUUUCUGCAUGUAUACUUACAAUUUUUUACUCAUUAUAGUAUUUAUUUGUAUGAAAGUUCUGGGUUAAUCAAAUAAAAAUAUUUGCUAAACGCUUUUAAAUCCGCAGAGCAGCGCAAACUAGGAAAACACCCACAUUGUCAGAUGCCCUGUGAAUUCAGUACCUCCUGGGAACUCUUGAAUGGCAUGGUCACUGAGUUGGCUUGAUAACUUAAUAAACAAAAAUAGAUCUGAAUUCUGUUAAGAGCCCAAGUCAGCCUCAGGCACUGAGGAAGGAUACCAGCUCUGCCUACGAGAUAAAACAUGCCUGAAUAACUGAGCUUCUCCCUCAUUUUAAUCUCAAUUCCUGGUUUCAUGUGUACACAGAGCCUAUUAAAAAAAAGAGAGACAUGAGUUCUAAAGUUCCUGAGGAAAGGAGGUAUGAAGUGCUCAAGGCAAUCAUCUAUCAAAUGUCCCUUAGAUACUUAAAAGAGGCAUUUUCCAUUAAAGGGGUGGAAAUGGGAGCACAUAAUAGAGAAAGAUGGAAGUGGGACUGGUUACCACAGAGAAGAGAGCUCAUAUAUGAAUGUGACCAAGGCAUCUGCUAAAUAUGAAUCAAGAAAUAAAACCUACGUUACUGAGUGGAACCUAGAUUUUAAUAGGUGAUUCUGAUGAGUGUUUUCUUUUUUCUUAUUCUUACUUAAUUGCCUGUGUGGGCUGGGGAGCAAGUCCAAAAAUAAUAGCUAAAACCCUGCGGGUCAUUGUAAAUGAGCUUCUGCUGGUCAAUUCUUGUAGUGACAUGAAAUUUCAACUUCAAACAAGGACAAGUUUUACAAAAAUAUUUAGUCUCCAAUGGAACAAAGCCUAUCUGAUGAAAAUCACAUAUUUGCCAGUUCUAAUUUUAUUUGUAUGUACAAACUAUGUUAAAGUGCAACAGCAGGUGUUUGGACUUAAGAACAAACUUGUCUAAAAUAAUAAGGAUAAUAACAUUUCUUCCCAAGCUUGCCUGGUUGGUUUGCUUUGUAAUACUUUUUUAAAGUGCUUAUUUACAUUAAAUAGCAUAGCAUUUCAAGAAAUACCAGGUAAUGGUGUGUAUUAUUUUGGCAAAAAUGCAAGCAUUACUGACUAAAAAACAUAAAACAACAUGGUGAAUUUAGCAUGCUGUUACAAUGUGUGAUAUGGCAAUGGAGACAUUAAUAAUUCCUUUUUUAGAAUUAUUAACACCUAAAUAUCCUGUUAGACUCUCCCAGGCUCUGUAUGGAGUGGGCUACCUCCAGGUCACUAGAUGGGCAUUUGUUAUAUAUGUGGAAGAAAGAAGCCCUAAACACUAUUGGGCUUCACAGAGAGCUGGAAAAUACACACACACACACACACACACACACACACACACACACACUCAGCACCAUCCAACAUGGAGCUGAGUCCUAUUGGACUGAGUCCUCGAACCAGAUCAUUUCAUUGGCUAAUGGGCUCUGCUUCCCACCUAUGUGGAGAGUUGCUUUGGGCACAGAGAAAAACUGGAUCAAUCAGUAAGGGUCAUGAAAAUCAAGUCAUAUGACAAGAAACUUCUUCAGUUUCUUCAACUAUGGCUAAAGGUAGUAGCAGUUUGUCCCUAGAGUGCCUUGCUCUAUGGCCUUGCUCAUAGUUCAGUUAUGCAAAGAAUUGUUAUGGAGGACGCAAAAGUAAGAAGUCUCUACCUUCCUAGGGAAAGAAAGUGAAAGUUGCUCUGGUCAUGUCCAACUCUGUGCGACCCCAUGAACUAUACAGUCCAUGGAAUUCUCCACCAGAAUACUGGAGUGGGUAAACUUUCACUUCUCCAGGGGAAUCUUCCCAACCCAGGGAUUGAACCCAGAUCUCUGCAGUGCAGGCGGAUUCUUUACCAGCUGAGCCACAAAAGAAGCCCACCUUCCUAGCAAGAAACUUCCUAGGGGAGUUUCAAACUAUUCAUAAUCUGUUUUUAGGUGGGAUUUCAUGUAAUUGUCUCACAGGAGUUUUGAGUUCUCCUUCUGCCUUAAGAGAAACUCCCUCCCUCAGCUAUUCAGCAUGUUAAAUGUGAAAUGCUUUAAAAUUAGGUGCUUCAUUUAAACUUUCUUGAUUAUCACA